AUGGCUUCCUCAACACUCUCAACUCUUUCUCUCAGUUCCCCUUCUUAUCCUUCACCCACUACUACUACAGCCCAUUUUUUCAAAACCCCUUCUCUUCAAUUCCCUCUCCGUUCCACCGCCACUACUACCCUCACCCACCGUACCACAUUCCUCCGUCCUCUCAACGCCACCGCGGCACCCGAAAAAAUCGAAAACCUCGGCACUGAAAUCUCCAACUUAACCCUCGAAGAAGCCCGAACACUCGUCGACUACCUCCAGGACAAACUCGGUGUCUCCGCCGCUGCAUUUGCCCCUGCGGCCGUAGCUGUCGCAGCACCAGAUGCCGGUGGUGCCGGAGCUCCAGUUGUUGAGGAAAAGACGGAGUUUGAUGUGGUGAUUGAGGAAGUUCCCAGCAAUGCGAGGAUAGCGGUGAUUAAGGCUGUGAGGGGUCUAACUAGUUUGGCAUUGAAAGAAGCUAAGGAAUUGAUUGAAGGGCUGCCUAAGAAAUUUAAAGAAGGAGUUUCUAAAGAGGAAGCUGAUGAUGCCAAGAAACAGCUUGAAGAAGCUGGUGCUAAAGUUUCUAUUGCUUAGAUUUAACAUUUUCUUUCAUGGGUUCCUCGAUUCUAUUUGUUGAAAUGCUCAACUGAAUUUCCUCCUGUACGGAUAAUGAUAAUAGGACAUUUUUGGGUGUCUAAA